UUUAUUAUUCAAAUAAAGGAAACAAUUACAAACCCUGAACAAGGAAAAAUGUUGUCAGUGCCUUUCCAAAUAAAUAGGUUCCCAAAAGAGUCAAUACCAACUCACCCCCCUGCUUUCUUUCCCUUUCAUGGCUUAGCCUGAAACCUUUCUCUAUACCAAGCGACAGUCAUGGCACCCUCCUUUCUCAGCUUUGCCUCCUUAUACGGCGUCUAUCUCCGCCGCUGCUUUGCCAGCUCUGGCCUCACUUCUCAAUCCACCGACAUUGACGACGAGACCACCAUCCACUUGUGGGCACCAAAGCCCGAUCAAACAACCCAGGAACGAAAACCCGUGUUGGUUUUGCUUCACGGCUUCGGUCCGAGCGCUAUCUGGCAAUGGCGCCGACAGGUCCAGUUCUUUACCCCUUACUUCCAAGUCUACGUCCCUGACCUGAUCUUUUUCGGGAAUUCCAUGACAAAGUCCAAGGAAAGGUCCGAGGUUUUCCAGGCCGUUUCGGUUGGGAAGUUGAUGGAGAAGCUCCAAGUGAAGAAAUACCACGUCAUGGGGACGAGCUAUGGAGGGUUCGUGGCGUACCAUAUGGCGAAAAUGUGGCCGGACAAGGUGGAGAAAGUGGUGAUUGCGAGCUCUGGAGUUAACAUGAGCAAAGCAGAUAACAUGGCCUUGCUGAAGAGAUCCAAUUUGGAGAACAUCGAGGACUUCAUGCUUCCGGAGACGGCUACUCAGUUAAGGACUUUAACUCGUUUGGCUGUGUCCAAGCGUGUGAUCGCCAUGAUUCCCGAUUUUUUCUUGAAUGACUUUGUCAACCAAUUGUACUCAGAGAACAGGAAGGAGAAGUUGGAACUUCUAAAGGGUGUGACCCUUGUUCAGGGUGAUGGCACAGUCAAGCUUGCUCCACUUCAGCAGGUUCAUCCACCGCCAUUUUCACACAACAUUCCAAAUGAUGUCCUUUUAGUUUGGGGAGAUCAAGACCAGAUUUUCCCUUUGAAGAUGGCUUAUGAACUCAAGGAACUUCUUGGGAAGCAGGCGAGGCUGGAAGUAAUACCGAACACAUCUCACGUACCCCAGAUUGAGAACUCAGCACAGUUCAACAACAUUGUCAAAGGCUUCCUAUGCGGUUCCUUUUGAUUAUAUGCUAUCAUCAAUUCCCUAUAAAAUUGUAAAUUUCCAUGUAAUGUUGUUGGAAUAAUAUUCAAGGAAGCCUCUACUCCCUAGCUAAAUUCUUAGAUUUUGAAUUACUAAUGGCGCCUGCUGGUAGCUAGGUUCCAAGGUUGCAUCUGGUGGCAAACUACCUAAGUGGCUUUUGAUAUCUUGACAGGUUUGAGUGUUAAGGUUGGCUAUAAGCUGACGAGGCUGGAAUUUUUCAGAUUGAUGUUAGUAACCAUUGUUUACUAUUAUCUGUCUUUUAGUGAGAAAUGCUAGUAUUGUUAAAACA